AUGUUGAGCCCUCAGUUGCCCGACAUUGUUGAAGAAGUUAGCAGCGAAAAAGUGUAUGUGGCUGUAGGGAAUUCUUUGGAGAAAGCUGUGAGCUUGCUCAACUGGGUUUUCAAAAGCUUUGGAAUCAGACAAAUUUUUUUACUUCACGUUCACCGCCCUUCUCCUCUGAUACCUACUCUCUUGGGAAAACUUCCAGCAAGUCAAGCAAAUGCUGAAGUAGUGUCGGCAUUUAGAAGGGAGGAGAAUGAACAGACAAAGAAACUUUUAGAUUAUUACUUGAUCAUUUGCCAUAGAGCAAAGGUUGAAGCAACUAUUAUUACUAUUGAAAGUGACCAAGUUCAUAAGGGGAUUGUAGAAUUGGUGAACAGACAUGGCGUCAGGAAGCUUGUUAUGGGGGCUGUAACUGAAAACUGUAUGAAGGUCAAAAAGAGCUCCAGCAAAGUAAACUAUGCUGCAAAAUAUGCUCCCUUGUUCUGUGAGAUAUGGUUUAUCAACAAAGGGCAACAUUUAUGGACAAGAAAAGCUUCUGAAAAAUUAAAUUCUCUACUACCAUGGGGUCAUGCUGAGAGUACGAGUUCUGAAAUUCUACGAUCUGAAUCUUUACAAGAUAGCAAUAGUAACUUGCCAUUCCCAACAAAGCAUCUUCAGUCAAACUCUGCUGCAAGAAUAACUUGUGCCAGAAUUAGUGAUUUUUCUCAUAAUGAAUCACCGUGUGCAGAAUCACUGUUGCCAACUAUAUAUAGUUCUGACAAUUCAUGUUCCCGCCGUCCUCUCCAGAGUUCAUUUAGUCCAACAAGUAGAAGUUGUGCUUUAAGAUGCACGUCCACUGAAAGAGGAGUGUCUUCAGGUUCUGAUUCAAAAGUGGAGGAAGAAAGCUCAUAUUCUCACAUUGAAGAAGUGAGGUUAGAAGCAGAAGCACUGGGUAAUGAAGCGUUUGAAGAGUUGUUGAAGUGCAAAAGGUUGGAACUAGAAGCUAUGGAAGCUAUCAGCAAGGUCAAAAUCUUUGAAUCUUCUCAUGCACAUGAAAUUAAACUUAGAAAAGAAGCUGAAGAUGCACUCGAUAAUACAAUACAUGAGGAAGAAAAGCUAUUGGAAGAGAAAGAUGAAGUAGCCAGAAAGUUAGAGAGGACCAUGAGAAAUGUAGCUAUUCUAGACAGUCGUGCACGGGAAGCAAAUCGCAGGCGUGAGGAAGCUGCUGGAGAAUUGAAACUCAUUCAAAAAUCCAUUUCGUCUCUGCAGCAGGAAAAGCAGAGGAUCCGACGGCAGAAAAUGGGAGCUGUGCAUUGGCUUGAGCGAUGGAGAAGCCCUGGGCAAGCAGCAGCUGCAAACUGCAACGGGUUUCUUGGAAUCACAGAAGAGUUGCCCGAGUUAGCUGAAUUUUCUCUGUCUGAUUUGCAAACUGCAACAUGCAACUUCUCUGAGAGCUUUAAACUUGGUCAGGGAGGUUGUGGUUGUGUCUACAAGGGGGAAAUGUUGGGUAGAACUGUUGCGAUAAAGAUGCUGCAUCCAAACAACAUGCAAGGGCAAUCAGAGUUUCAAAAAGAGGUCCAAGUUCUUGGCAAGCUACAGCAUCCUCAUCUGGUGACUUUGCUAGGUGCAUGUCCAGAAGCAUGGUCUCUUGUAUACGAGUACUUGCCCAAUGGGAGCCUCCAAGACCGCCUUUUCCAGAAAAGCAACAUUUCCCCUUUGACGUGGCAGAUUCGAACACGCAUUAUAGCUGAAAUCUCAAGCGCCCUUUGCUUCCUGCACUCUUCCAAACCUGAAAAGAUCAUCCAUGGUGAUCUGAAACCACAAAACAUCCUACUAAAUUCUGAACUUAGCUGCAAGAUAUGUGAGUUUGGAAUUUGCAGGCUGGUAACAGAGGACAGUCUUUAUUGCCCAAGUUUUCAUAGUACUGAGCCAAAGGGUUCCUUUCCGUACACAGAUCCAGAGUUCCCAAGAAUUGGAGUUUUGACACCAAAGUCUGACAUCUAUGCCUUUGGAGUGAUCAUUCUACAGCUACUGACCGGGAAGCCACCUGUUGGAUUGAUAGGUGAGGUACGUAGAACAAUAUCAUAUGGGAAAUUAGCCUCAAUUUUGGAUCCAUCAGCUGGAGAAUGGCCAAUGUUUGUGGCAAGGAGAUUGGUGGAUUUGAGCUUGCAGUUCUGUGAAUUGAGCAGUAGGGAUAGACCAGACUUAACGCCUACACUGGUGAGGGAAUUGGAACAGUUGCAUGUUUCAGAGGAGAGACCGGUGCCAUCUUUCUUCUUGUGCCCUAUUCUUCAGGAAAUUAUGCACGACCCUCAGGUGGCAGCUGAUGGGUUCACGUAUGAAGGAGAAGCCUUGCUUGGAUGGCUGGCAAAUGGCCGUGAAACAUCUCCAAUGACCAAUUUGAGAUUAAGUCACCUGCAUCUUACUCCGAACCAUGCAUUGCGGCUUGCCAUUCAAGGCUGGCUUUGCAAAUCUUAA